AUGUAUUUUUGUAGCUCUCCGGCUGCAGUAGCUAACGUUGGCUUGUGCUGUGGGUGGUACCGGCGCGCUGGUACUGUGCAGCGGUACGAUAUUAAUAAUCGGAGUGAGAACCAUAGUCGCUGGCGCGCUUGGCGCUGGAUAUUGCGGCGGCUGCGGCGGCGUGAUAAUAUGACGUCGGCAGAAAAUCAGAAAGACUUGCAAUGUCCGACGGAGGAGCUCCAGGCCACGGCCGACGUGGCAGAGACAGAGGAGUGGCUUGAGCCGUCAGAGUUCCUGGCAGCACUACAGGCCUGGCCUGGAGUGCCGUGGCGGCAGCGGCCUCCGAGGAGACCACGGCGAAGGUGUCCAUACUGCACGUGGACGUAUCCUCGGAGCAGACGCUUAUUUAACAUAUACGAGGAUUUGGAGCCCUAUUAACUUUUUGCACCUUAGUUAAAUUGUUAAUAGGGCUCCAUCUAUUUUAAUGAACUUACCAAUGAACUUUGUAAAUAUUGUAAAUAGUAGAAUAGGUUAUACAGGGUGUUAGGUAAAUGGGUAUAUGAGCCGACACUAGCCCAUGUUAACAUAGUCAUAUAAAUGGUAUGGUGAAGUCAGAAAAUUGAUAUCUUCAUUUUAAUUAUUUUAUUUUUCAUACAAAUCGAUUUUACGAAAUUUAUUUUGUAUGAAAAUAAAAAUAAAAAAAAUGAUGAUAUCAAAUUUCUGACUUCACCAUACCAUUUAUAUGCCCAUGUUAACAUGGGCUAGUGUCGGCUCAUAUACCCAUUUACCUAACACCCUGUAUAGAUUUAGUAUUUCAUUUGUAAUUAUUUGAUAAUUAGCUAGAUUAAGUUGACUGUAAAUAAAUUUGUACAGAAACAAUUUUUUUCUAUGUGGUAACUCCUCCCUAUAUUUCUAUUUAUAUAUAAUUAUAUAUACAUA